CGCUUGCGUGACCGUCUCAGUUACACCACUAGUCUAGGGGUUCCGUCUUUUAUAACACUGACUCACGAAUUGACAUCUAAGUAAUUGCUGCUUGCUGCCAUGUAAUAUAACUAUAACAAAUUUCAAGAUGUUACAAAAGAAAGUUUUUUGAAUUUUCCCUAAAAUUUACGCCUUAUACGGUAUAUUACGGUACUGCAAUAUAUACUGUUUACAGUGCUACUGAAGUUGAUUGAAAAUGCUCAGAGGGCCAACAGACAGGUGUCUGCACUACGGCACCUCAGUUAUCCAGAGAGAGAUUAGAGCGCCUGCAACUGCCUAGCUUAUACUACAGACGGGCAAGGGGUGAUCUAAUUGAGGUGUAUAAACAUCUCAAAGGGAACCAGCGUAUUCAGUCAAGUGCCAAUACCUGGAGCUGGCGGACGCCCGCCCCACUAGGGGUGAGAGUAACAGCUCAAGGUUGAAGAAGCAGCAGAACAGAACUGUGAGGGCGAACUUUUUCGGAGUGAGAGUUGUGAACUCUUGGAACAAUCUGCCAGAGAAUGUUGUGACGGCACCGAGUGCGAGCUGUUUCAAGACCAGAUUUGACCAACACUGGAGCAAGUUCAGACACAUUUCGGAGCCAGUGCAUACCGAGUGGCUAGUACUUCCCAUCCCAACAGUGCCCGAGUACCCAAACUGCUAACUAGCCGAUCAUUGGUGACGAGGAUAAAAGUAGAAGUACAGGGUAUUGUCAAUAAUAUAGAGGAAACAAAAAUAUAAAGUUGUAUAACUUAACAGAUACUGAGAAGAUAUCCGGCAAUCAUCCUAGCCUUACCUAAAAGGCAGAACAGUGGCAAAGAGGAUUAAUUAAGCUAAUCUAAACUACUACUGUACAGUAUACCUAACUAACUCAGGAUACAGCAGGCUGUUUCCAUGGCAGAUGGUAUAAAUGCUGACAAUGACUACCAGUUGCCAAACCAAAGGCAUUUCCCCAGAAAACCUGCAUUGGCUGAGGUACCAAUACGUUGUCAACAGAGAGGGACAAAAAAUACUAUGCAAGGUGUUUGACUGGUCCUACUUGGGAGGCAAUAUAUCAAUCAAAGAUUAUCUCUUCAGUACCCCUGAUUUCAGUAACACUCAGUUCAAAAAGAUCUUCAAUACCCAUCAACAGACAAAAUUAAAUGCUGGGGAUCCAGUCACCAGCUUUGAUAUCAGCUUACUUUAUGUUCUUUUUCAACACGUUUGUGACCUGGAAAAAGACAUCCAAUCAUGGACUAAAGAGGAAACAGCUGGACCCUCUCUGGAAAAUCUUAUAUACAAGGUAAAGCAACAUCGGAAUCACUUGGCACAUGAGAGCCAGCAGAUGACCGAAGAACAACUGCAUCUGAAACUUGAUGAAUUGAAACAGCUGUAUAAAAGCAUAAUUACUAAGGCUGCAAGUAAUUUCUCAAAACCACUUGAAGAAAUUAACCAGCUCAUCAAUACCAUUAAUGAGAACUUCGAUGAAGUCUGCAAAAAGAUUCGGGAGCCACUAGGACCAGAAGAUACUGCCCAGUAUCAACAAGAGGUUAAAGAACUUCGAGAACAGUUGAAGAGCGAUAUAGAACAAGUUGCAAUAAAAGAGGUGAAGCAGCUAUAUCUUGAUGCUUGUGACAUAGACCCAGUGCCAUGGUUACUGAUGGACUGUCAAGUGAAGCCAACACAAAUAUUUACUAAAUUUCUCAUGAAUGAGGAGAUCACUUCUAAAAAUUUAGGAAGGGAAGAACAGCCAAAGGAGAUUCCAUAUGAUGAGAUUUUCAGGGUUAGACGAGAUGAUGGUAGUUUGCCCAAGGUACUAAUCCUAACUGGAGAGGGUGGAAUGGGCAAAACAACUUUUUUGAAAUUUCUGACUGAGGUGUGGAUCAACAACCCAAAAGCAGUGUCUGGUUUGGAUAAAACUGAACUUUUAAUAAAUGUUGAAUGUCGCCACCCAACCAUCAGCACUUUUGACCAGCUACUAAAACACAUACUCCAUGACACACCAAGGAGUAUAAAUGUAGAGUUUGAGCAUAUUAAAGAUACAAUUCUCCACAUGCAGCUACUCAUCCUUGUAGAUGGGUUUGAUGAAGUCAAUCAUGCCUCUGGAUGUCUAAUCCAAGAACUACUAAGUCUCCCUGGAGAAAAUAUAAGGAUCAUCUUCACUACCAGACCAAGUAGCACAAGUGCCCUUGCUAAACUAGUGCCACACUCCAAAAGACGAAUAAACUUGGUCCUUCGUGGCAUUACCCAGGAUAAUCACCAGCAGUUUGUUGAGCAACUUUAUUACAGCUUGGAGGGGGAAGAGAGAUAUUCCCAUAUUAAAGGGCAACUGAAAGAUCACUUGUCAUUCUUACAGCAACAGCUUGGAAUGCAUCUGAAUAACCCAUUGACUCUCACACUCAUGACUUUUCUCUAUGUCUUAGAUCCAAACAGAGUCAAUUUUCUCACCACUGCUACUGAGCUAUAUGAAGAGCUUAGGAAGAUGAUUACAGAUAAACUUGUUAUGAGACUAUCCAAAAGUUUUAUAGAGUCAGAACUAGACUUCAAAUGUUACCAGUUUCUGGACUAUAGUGAUGAAUUAUCCUACAGGGCUAUGAAAAGGCAGGAGUAUGAAUUAUAUGAGGAAACAGUAGAAAAUUUAAAACAGAAAUGCCGGGACUUGGGCCUGCCACAUGAGGAAGUUUUGUCUGCUUAUUUCACCACUCGCCGAUCAAGGCAAGGUUUGCGUAUUGUUUUGUAUUUUACCUACCAUCAUUUAAGACUACAAGAAUUUGCAACAGCUAAAUAUCUACUGAAGAAACUCACCCAUUCUGCUGAAACAGAAAAUACUGUCAAACAUUUCGUUAAAGAAACUGAAGAAUGGAAGAUAGAGAAGAGGUUUCAGAAUGUACUCAUCCACCUAACAGGACUUCUUGCAAAAUCUUACAAAGAUAUCUUGGCCAUAUAUGCAACAUCUAUACUGGAACUCGUCUCUCUCAACUCCACCAAUAUUGACACCGUGCUCGCUCAUGUCACAGAGUCAAAAGACAAUGAAGACAUUGUCAGAGCUGCAGCAGCAAAGCUUGAUGCACACAGCAGAGAUGGAAAAGGUUGGUGGGAGAUUAAUGAAGGGAAUAACUUUUGUGCCAUACCAUCAGUACUGAAUCACACUAAAGAGUAUCCAGAAUUGGUAAUGCUUAGUAUUGAUUUUUAUGGUACCAUGCAUCCCCAGCUUGCAUUAGCAUUCUCCAGUUUGUCAAAACAGAGCACCAGACUGGUACUAGACAUCCCUCAACUUUAUUUUAAUACUAAUUUAUGCUAUGCUGAUGAUGUGGUAACGAAACUGUCAGGUUCUGGAGGAUUGUGCCGUUUAGUGGGAUUUCGUGGCCCUCUGUCUCCAGCGGCACUGUUGAAUCUAACUGAUACUGUGGAAGAACUCCGCCUACGCAUUGAUGCCAAUGGUCUCCAAGCCCUGAAUUUUCGACUCCCCAGUCUCUCUCAGCUCAGUAUUCUAGGGGUGAGAUAUGAUGACGAGAAGCGUAUUGACCCAAGUACACUGCCUAUACUGAAGUUCACAGGACGUGAUCUGUGUUUCACCUUCAACCCAAACAUCACAGAAAAGGAAAGUGACUUGGAUUGGGCUUGUGGAGUUCUGGCUAGAUUGUGCUCUGGCAGAAACCUUAGGACCUGUACAAGUAUCCUCUUCAGACACACACAGCUUACAGCUUCUGGAUGUGAAAAACUUUUAAUGGGUCUCCAUCAGCAGGGGGUGAGGAUAAAGAAGCGCAUUGACAUCUACAUACCUCACAGAUUUGAACAUGAUAAUUACAAACACCUCAAGAACCAGAGUCGAUCUUUGAACCUUGGAGACCUCUUAUUGCAUCUGAGUGAAGGAUAAACAUAAUUGAAGUGAUGGUUAAAAUAGAUGACCUUAUUCAAAUCAUUAUGAAAACAAUAUACUGUACAUGUAUAGCUAAUGGACAUAGCUAUGUAAGAUUAUGAAUGAUUCAAGUGUUAUUAAACAAAGAAGAAUAUUUUA